UUCCACGACACAAAUGUUUUGGACGCGAUUACUCACUUCCUGUUUUGCUUCCGGGCAAAUAUUUUUUUCAAACUUAACAAGCCUUUAGAAUAGAAAAUGACCAUGACCAUGACCAAUACCAUGAAAUCAUCCGCGUUCUCCUACAACUACGCGAUUAUAUGUCGCGUACCCCGAAGUUUCGCAGAUCGCGGAGUUACUUCGAAUCCAAUUGAUUACCAACGGGCGAGGGACGAACAGGCACAGCUUGUGGAUGUUCUUAGAAAAUGUUCGCUAAACAUCAUCGAGCUUGAGGACGAUGAAGAUUACAAAGACUGCUGUUGCGUGGAGGACUGUGCAGUCAUCAUAGGCGGCACUGCGCUCAUAACCCGCCCUGGUCUGAAAGUCCGACAAGGGGAGACAAAAGAAAUCAGAAGAGUUCUGAAAAAUGACCUCAAACUAAGAAUUCAAGAGAUCAAUGAUGGCUCAGCAACACUUGAUGGUGGCGAUGUGCUAUUUACAGGCAAAGAAAUCUUUGUUGGCAUUGGUAAGAACACGAAUGAACAGGGUGCCCAGGCGGUGGCAGAGGCGUUCCCAGAGUACGUAGUGGUGCCCCUGAAUAUGGAGAAGACCAAGGCCCUCCACUUGAAGAGUCUCUGCAGCAUGGCGGGCAGGCAGGUGAUCGCUAUCAGCAGCUCACAGUGCGGCAUGGAGAUAUACAAGCAAAUCAAGAUGCAGGCCCAGUUCAGCUAUGAGCUGUUGAAGCUUGACUCGGACGCUGCGGCUAACAUGAUCUACGUAAACGGCCACCUGAUUCACAGGACCAGGGACGAGAUACCGGACGUCUGCUGGAGUGUGCUAGAUGAGAAGAUUCUCAAUCCCCGCCAUCACACGAGCAUCACAGAGCUGGAGAAGGCACGCGUUACCCUGUCCAGUCUGGUGCUUCUCAUUCACAAGGAGAAGCGCGCGCGGAAACUUGUGUCCAACCUCCAGGACCAGGACAUGGACCGCUACGCCACCAUCAAGACUCUCAAAUAAGGACGCUGUAUGGAAGUCUUGAGUAAUAUUAGAGCCUCAUUCUGGGAAAAUAGGGCUUAGUACAUGUGGGAAAAGUGUCAUCCCAGAUAAGCCUGUGCAGUCAGCACAGGCUUAUCAGGGAUGACAUUUUCCGGUUCAAUUGUAUUUUUCUUGUAAAAGAAUUCUCUUCUUAGCCAAAAUCCAGUUGUGAUGUAUAGCGUUGUAACUGACUGCACAGGCUAAUCUUAGAUGACUCUUUUCGCACAUGCAUUAAGCCCAGUUGUCUCAGAACAGGGCUCUGUAUUGUCAUGCGACCAUGUGUAACAAACUUAUUAAAUAUCUGAAUAACAAAGACGGUAGACUGUACAUUAGAAACAAUGUUUUCAUUAUUCCACCAAGACUGUCAAGUGUGUAAAAAAAUGACUAAAGAACAAAACUGUUGUCAUUCAUAUUUGUCGUGUUCUGACAAAACUGGUCAUAAUGCAUGUGCGUAAAGUGCCGUCCUAGAUUAGCCUGUGCAGUCCGCACAGGCUUAUCAGGGACGACACUUUCCGCUUAAACUUUAUUUUUGGUAAGAAGGCACUUCCUUCACACUAAAAAUAACUACCAUAAAAGCGGAAAGUGUCGUCCCAGAUUAGCCUGUGCGGACUGCAUAGGCUUAUCUGGGACGACACUUUACGCACAUGAAUUAAGCCCAGUUUUCUCAGAACACGACACAUAUUGUUAACAAGACACUCAAAUUAGUUGAGAAUUCAAUUCAAGACACAGACCAAAUAUUUAGAAUAAUAUAAUUAUCAUGUGAUCCUAUGUAAACGAAAAUCAUUAGCUGAAUAACAAAUAACAAAAGACUUACACUGUAUAUUUAGAUUGUCACUUCAAAUAACUAAAUAACAAAGGACUUGUGUUGUUUUGUACAUAAUUAUUUCUAUUCAUUAGUUGUGAAAUAACAAGUUGUGAAGCUGGUAAUUGUUUGGUGUGAUUUUUUGCAAACUUGUUCUUGUACGAUAAUGUAAAGUUAAGAUUUUUUAUACAAAUAAAUGUUUUUUUGUGAAUCAAGUACUUAGAAAAAUCUUUUCUUUUUUUUACUAUGUGGAGUUUCAGGUUACUGCAACUGUACAAAAAAAAUAAAAAAUUUAAAAAGUGAUGUUCUGUUGUACUUUUUAUGAAAUUCCUUAUUCGGUUUUAUCAUACAAUAAUUAUAUACAAUUUGUAAAUGUAUAUGCUUCUUAAUAAAUUAUAUUUUAGAGAUGUUAAAAAGCAAAAAACCCUGCAAUUAUUUGGUUUUGUAGCUUAUAUUUUGAAAUAAAAGCUUUAGAAAUAGCGGUGCUUAACUGUUAUUUCUUGUAAAUUAUAGUGAUAACUUUAAUUCACUUGUAGUUGUUUUGUUUUCAUAGUAAGUUUGUUGUGUAUACAAGCAGGUCAGGUUUGUGAACAGUAUUGUAGCUACAUUUGAAAAGGGUAGGGUGCUACGUUAUAAAAAAUAUUUUGAAUUAAAAAAAGUGAAAUAAAAUUAAUAGAUGAGGUGGUUUUAAGAAAGUAUUUGAGGUAUUUAAAAAAAUAAACCUUAAUGAUGUGUGCCAAAACAUUCAUUACUGACUAGAAAAUUAUGUCCAAUUUUUUUUUGAGAAUUUAUGUUCUUAUAUUGAUUUGGUCCUAAUAAUAAUAAUGGACUGUUUUUGACUUUUGGAGGACAUCAGUAUAUGUAUUUAAAGUUCAUGUUAAAAUCACUGUAAUUUACUUUAAUUCAGACUACUUUCCACAGUCAUAUAUUGCGUAGCAUGUAUCUAUGUGCCUUUUUAACUGUGCCAAGCAACAUAUUAAAUAUUGUACUCUUUGUGGAUAUUUACAAUUGCUUUGUCAGGGAUUCGCUUGCUUUAACAGGAACUUAAAAUUUAUAUUUUAAACUUAUUGCAUGCAUACAAGAUACAUUUCCUUUGACACUUCCUACCAGGCUCCAUAUUUAUAAAGCAUGUAGGGGAAAACUUGUGAGAAAUCCUUAAUAAAGUUUAACACCUUAAGUUACUGACUUAAAAUGUUUAAAUCCAGUAAAUGCUUCUGAAAUUGUGUUUUUUGUACCCUACCGGUGAAACCAGGGGGGACUUAUGGUUUGCGCUCUGUCUGUCAGUCUGUCCGUCACACUAUUUUGAAUCCUGCAAUAACUUUAAAAGUUCUUCAUAUUUUUUUCAUGAAACUUAAAAUAUGGAUAGAUGGCAAUAUGGAGAUUAUGCAUGUCAUUUCAUUUUGUUCCUACAUCAAUAAUUAUGGAGAUUAUGCAUGUCAUUUCAUUUUGUUCCUACAUCAAUAAUUAUGGUUGCUAUGGCAACGAAUAUAAUAAAAAAAUCUGACAAUGGUGGAGUUUCACCAGUGGAGGACCAUAUUGCUUGGCAAUCUCUUGUUUAUUGUUGUAUUUUUUUAAACAGGUUUCACAACGAAAUGUGGUCUGAAAUUAAACUUAAGCACAACUUUAGUUAAGGUUUCAAUUAAGAGUUUCGUGAAUACCUUUUUUCUAUACAUUUCUAUGUACAAGGAGUGUUAACAUGUUCAAGUAAAGUAUUGUAAUACUGAAAACAGGUGGAGAUAUAUUUAUACACGAAGUAGUCAUUUCAUUAACUUAAAAUUCUAAUUCAUAUUUGUUUCAUAUACAUUGUUAUUGCAUGUAUGCAUUAGCCAUUUGAAUGUAUUCCUAUUUCUUAUACACUACAUUUCACAUGUAUUUUAUGGGAUUGCCAAUGAUAAUUUCAACAAGCAUAUUACUUAUACUUUUGGAAUUUAAAACAAUAUGUGUUGCACAUUUGUACGUGUAAUUUAGCUUGUUUUGUUAAACUUUUUUAUCUUAGGCGUUUUAGACACUUGCCAUAACUGUUUAAAGAUGUUUCACUUCUUGUGUGCAAUUAAGGAUGUUAGUUGUCAGGGCUUCGCUUUUGUACUGUCUAGAAAGUUUGAAAUACUGUGCAUGUCAAGUAAUGAAUCUCGUAUUCUGUUUGCAUCUAAUUGUUUAAAAGGAACAAAAGUAUUUAACUGUAAGGUUGUGAUUUACAAUAAAGAAGUUUCAUAAAUGACAUAUACAUCAAUAUAAAACAAGUAAAAAAAUGUUGACUUAGAAACAGUUCUUGAAAGUUACUAAAGUUACUUGCUAUCAACAAGUAAAGUUGCCUUUUAAUCUUCUAAACAUGGUAUUAUAUAAUAGAGAAAGGUCUAAAGUAAAACAGUAGGGUGCUUGGCCCUGCUCCUGUUUAAUAUUUUUGAUUGUCAAAUAUUCAAUGCCAAACGAACACACUAUAUUAAAAAUUCUUAAUUUAAAUAUGAGACAAAGACAUUCUUUGGAUUUAGUAGUUAAUUAGAAAAUGUCAAAAGACAGAUCUAACAACCCUGUCCCUUUUUAUAAGAAGCAACCUGUUUCUUUCAUGAUCAGAGAUCUUUCCCUAAAUACAACCUCCAUACAGAAUAAUUGGAAUAUGUAAGAUCUGUUACAUACAUGUAUGUAUCUUGUCAAGUGAAAUCAGAACUACCAGUAUAUACAAAUUAUGUAAGUGCUGUUAUUGUUCAUUUGAAACUAUUGAAUCCUCUACAUUUUAAACUACAAAAAAACACUGUAUGAUGUUCAUGCAGAUAAAGUAAUUUAUUAAAUAUCGCUCAAUUAAUGUUUCCAUAAAUGAUGACAGUUGUGGGUUCUUGCCAUUUUAAGUUUGUAAUUGUUUUUCACUUAUGCUUUAUAUAAUUUGGUGAUAAGUGUGACAUUUUAUAUUCAGUGUUGUGCACUUUACAUUCCCACACCUUUCAAGAAAUAACAAUAUAUAUACUAUUUAAUGUUUUGCUUUACAUUGUUUUCUGUUUGUGAUAUUUGCGAUAAGAAAUUGAGUCAAGCAUGUUUGUUUUGCAAAUCUAUUGUACACUAUGCCUUUCUGUGUAACACAGCCAUUACAAUUCACACACAGCCAUUACAAUUGUUCUACUUUUCAAAAAAAAAUAGAUUUGUUCUUUUAGCCAUUGUUUCAUUAGCUUUAUUUUCUAUGACCAAUCAUAUUAGAUAAUUUUGAUGUAAUUAAACAACUUGCAUUUAUUACAAUUUCUUGAGAAAAGAAGAUUUCAUUUUUUAAUAAACACACGUGAUAAAAAAAUAUGACAUGAUCAUUUCAUACCCAAUUUUAUUGAACUGUCCAGGAAAUAAGUAAAUAGUUCAAGAGCCUUUCUUUUUUAUGUUUUUUUUUAACUGGUUCAAUAAAAUAAAUAUUAAAUGACAUUUGUAUCAGAUCAUAUAUGUUCUUGAUGGACCACCUGUUUGGAUUCACUUAGUGUACCUGGGGCAGAAUUGCAGAAACGUUUGGAGUAAAAUCCUAUACUUAAAUCACCUUUUUUCUUAUCUCUUUGCUUCUUAGUCAAAUGCUCUUGUUCUAAUUAUGUAUUAAUGAUAACUAUUUUAUGCUGUGAACUUAAGUGAUUUAUUGAUUAACUGAAUAAUUUAUAAAAUUUAUUAAACAAUAAUUGGAUUAUAAAUUGUUGAUGUACAUGUAUUGGUAGAGUUAAUACAUUUUAAGAUAAACUUACAAGGUUUAUGGAAAAUGGAAGCAGACAUCCACGUUGAGAACACAUUCCAGGUAUUAUUGUUUUCAUAUCAAUAGAAAAUAGAAUUCAGAGAUUAAGAUGUUAGACUAGUAACAAAAUCAUGAACAAUGUUUUCCAUUUGGAUAUGUGUUACCUGUUUAUUUGACCCUUUACCACUUAGACACGUAUUUUGACGCACUUAUAGCCCUUACAAAGAUAAAUUUAAUUAAAGACCUUUCUUACUAAAUUCAAGUUUUAAAGGCUUAAUUUCCAACCCUUAGAUACUGAUGAGCAGCAAACAGCAUAAAACCUGAACAGACUGUGAGUUACUCACAGGCUGUUCUGUUUUUAUGCUGUUUGCACAUAGCCAUUUUCACUGUGUUUUUGAGUGGGAAAGUCGGUAGAUUUCUUAUAUAUUUGCCUAAAAUGAUCCCAUGUUAUUAUUAAACCGUUACUCUGUGUAAUGUAUAUAAUUUUCAAGUACUUUGAUUCUUAAAUCUACAUUAUAAUUGUUUUUGUACUAUUGAAAAAUUGUUUUACCAAACAGAAAUGUUAUAAUAUUUAGAUUAUAAUGAAAAAAAGACCAUACAAACAAAACAAUAUUUAUUUUCUAAAACAACUUUGAAAUAAGUUACCGGUUGUUUUGUUAGAAACGUUAUAUGCACGCUAAAAUUUAAAAUGUAUAAUAUAUUUCUUUGGAAACUCUAACAGUACAUUUAGAUUUUCUUUAUAUUAUAUGUUUAUAUUUUUUAUAUUCAUUUAUUUAGGUUGUAUGACAAAUGGUAGUUUUGUGUGUGUAUUUUGUAUUUUUAUUUACCUUUUUUUCAUAGUUAGUUGCUUCAAAAAUAUGAACUCUAUAUGCAAUAAAGAUAAACAUGUAAGUGUUUGUAUAUUUUACUGUUUGGACAACAAAUAACGCUUUCAUCUUCAUCUUACAUCGAGUAAUAAAGUGACAUAUGUUAAUAUAUGUAAAUAUGUACCGUAUAAACUACUUUUUAUUCCCCCGGUAGGGUGGCAUAUAGCAGUUGAACUGUCUGUCAGUCCGUCCGAAAACACUAACAUUGGCCAUAACUUUUGCAAUAUUGAAAAUAGCAACUUGAUAUUUGGCAUGCAUGUGUAUCUCAUGAAGCUGCACAUUUUGAGUGGUGAAAGGUCAAGGUCAUUCUUCAAGGUAAAAAGUCAAAAAUUACAAUCCAAGGGAAGUAAUAAGCUUUAAAAGGGAGAUAAUUUCUAAACCUGCCAAAUGAUAUAUUGAAAUUGUAUUUCAAAGCAGCGCAAUAGGGGGCAUUGUGUUUCUGACAAACACAUCUCUUUUAUUUCUAAGUUUUCAGACACUCUCUUUUUUAGCCAAAAUAAUUAUUUUUUGUGACAAUUUUUCAGACACCCAGAUUUCCCCCAAUAAUAAAUGACUCUAAAUUUUCCAACAAUUGCAUUGUUUUCACAAAUAAAUUGAAUCAUUAAA